UCCCACGCAGCUUUCCGUAUUGCGCUAUUACGUUGAAGUUGUUUACUUGAUUUUACCUUUGCAAAACGUGUAUACUUCGUCGAUAUGACUCUUUGUAGUACAACUAUAUAUUGUCGUAAAGGUUAAUUGAACACAUUUUGUUGUUUGCAGUAAGUAGCUGGUGAAUCUCUGAAUCUCACAAUGAUUACUACAGUUCUUCAUCCUACAUACAAAGUACAAAGCUUGUAAAGUUUAUUGAAUCGGACUGAGCUUUUAAUGAUACCAUGGCGUCCAAUCGAGACCACUGUUCCUGCUGCUCACAUCCUCUGUCAUCCUCCAGUGUUUACCAGAGUUUGAGUGAGAUGGAUUUUGAGAGAGGUAUUUGGUCAGCAGCGAUGGAAGGGAACUUGGAAAGGGUCAAUUUUUUGAUCCAGAAAGGUUCACAUCCAAACAUGAAAGAUAGUGCUGGAUACACAGCUUUGCACUAUGCCAGUCGCAGUGGACAGCUGGCUAUGUGCAAGUAUCUUCUUGAAAAUGGUGCCUGUGCAGCUCCCCAGACACCAGGGGGCGCCACUCCCCUUCACAGAGCGGCCUACUGUGGUCAUCUGGAGGUGGUCAAACUCCUGCUGCAGCACAGAGCAGACCCACUGAUGUGUGAUGAUGACGGAGCAUCUCCCCUGCAUAAGGCUGCAGAAAAAGGACAUACAGAUAUCUGUGAGUUGCUUCUUCAGCAGUGCCCAUCUCUCAUAUCUCAAAUGAACAACAGACAUCUGUUACCGUGCCACUUAGCCAAACAGGAGGAUCUACAGGAGCUCCUGAAACCACCAUGACCAUUAAGAUACAUGGAACUGAAGGUGAUAAAUUUGACCAGCACUCCAUGAAUUAUCAACUAAUGCUUCAGUAAAGGCAUACAGACUACAAAUGUUUCAUUGUAAAUUUUAUGAAUAUGAAAGUGGGGAAAAGGUCUGAUUUUAAGUAAAGCAAUCACUGUGCUGUACAUUACUCAUAGUUCUAUGAAAUAAACUUGACGGUGAAAAAAAA